AUGGCGUCCAAUCCACCCAUCGUAUCCCCUGAUAAGCCUGCAUUUCAUGGACCUUUUCUCCUCCAAGGUCUCGCGAUGCUGCAAGUUUCCAUCAAGCAAAAGGGUCAAACCUUGACAUUAUUCGAAGAUCUCUCGGCUACUAUCGGUAGACUCGAGGGACUUGCCACCAAGCAGAAGGAUCGGACGUUGGCAGCAUCUGAAGAUCACAAGGCUACAUCCGGCGCCGACGUGGACAAAUACUAUGCCCAAGUCGACAACCUCCGUACGCUUGUCGAAGACGCACGAAGGUCUGUUCCACCUUCUCCAGCCUUCCACAAAGUCCUCGAAGUGGCUGAAGCUGCGAUCAACCACAUGGAUCGAACGUUGGCAGUAUUCGAAGCCCACAUUUCUACCUCCCGCGCCAACGUGGACAAAUACUAUACCCUAGGCGACGACUUCCGUGCCAAACUCCAUGCCUCCAUUUCCAAAAGUGACGAAAAGAUUGCUGCUGCCGUCACCCUCUUGGUUCGACUUUUCGUGUGA